CACUCAUGGAGCCUUUAUACACUGCUGGUCGGUCACCCUCUGUCCUCCUGAUUCAACGUCCAUCGUGAGGGUUGUCCGGUGGCCGCAGAUGGAGAAUCUUCGAAAAGGGAAGUCGCGACAGAUGGCAAAACCGGGCAACGGGGGGAGCAGUGAGGGUGGAAAUACACAUGUCUCUGUAUUGUUGUGAGCUCGCUCUCACAACUCUGCGGCCAUGAUGUCAUUUCCAGUGCGACUGUGGAGAAGCUGGAAGUAGAGAUUCUCUAUGCUAAGAUGUUGAUGUGACCCACGCUGCAUAUGUUAGGAAAGAUAUUCCACACUACAGAACCAAAAAUGAGUGAAAGAACCGGCGUGCUCCACUUCAAGCUGGACAACCAUGGAGACUCCAUGUUGGGUAGGAUGAACGCUUUACGAGAACAGAGCAAGUUCUGCGAUGUCACCGUAUACAUCGACGAUGCUGAGGUCCCGGGACACAAAGUGGUGUUUGCGGCAGGCUCCCCCUAUCUCAGGGACCAAUUCCUGCUAAGCGAUUCCCAAGACGUUCGUAUCUCCAUUCUACAGAACUCUCAGGCCGGGAAGCAUCUGCUCCUGUCCUGUUACACCGGGGUCCUCGAAUUCCCCGAGAUGGACCUCGUCAACUAUCUGACGGCAGCCAGCUUUCUGCAGAUGAGUCAUGUGGUGGAGCGAUGCACGCAAGCCUUGUGGAAGUUUAUUAAACCACAGCAAGCCACAGCGGGGACCACGGAUGAAGAAGAGACCAAACCGGCGGCGGAGGUUGUGGAACCAGAAGAGGAAACCGAUGAUUCCAUCCAGCCGGACUCUCCUGUGGCCUCCAACUCAGAAGAUAGCAUAGACAAUGACGAUAUUCAGAUUGUCAAGGUUGAGUCUAUAGGUGAGGUACCCAGCGAUAAAGCCAAGGUAAGCCAAAGUCAAUUCAUGUCAUCUGACCAGACUGCCCUGCACUCCCUGGAGCCGCAACACUCGCUCAUCAACUCCACUGUCGAAAACCGAGCUGGAGACAUGGACGCCAACCCUAUACACAACUAUGCCGUGUCGGAUAACAGCAGCGAUAACAUGGGGCCAUCUGCCAAAGAGAUUUUCGGACCUAGCAGUAGGGUUUUGGACAAGACACUGCAAUGGCAUCACCAAUGUCCCAAAUGCACUCGGGUGUUUCGGCAUUUGGAGAAUUAUGCCAACCAUUUGAAAAUGCACAAACUGUUUAUGUGUUUGUUGUGCGGAAAGACAUUCACUCAGAAAGGCAACCUGCACAGGCACAUGCGCGUCCACGCAGGCAUCAAACCCUUCCAGUGCAAGAUAUGUGGCAAAACCUUUUCUCAGAAGUGCUCGCUACAGGACCACCUGAACCUGCACAGCGGAGAUAAACCGCACAAAUGCAACUACUGCGAUAUGGUGUUUGCGCACAAACCCGUACUGAGGAAACACCUCAAGCAGCUCCACGGCAAAAACAGUUUUGACAAUGCGCACGAGAGGAGCACACUGGAUGUCAGUCUUGACUAUGAAGCUUUUGCCGGUGCCCAUGAUGGCAACGAAAUGAUUUCACAGAGCCUGCACCAAUGAGAAGGAGGUGUUAUGCAUACAUUUUAAAGGACGUGUCCAUUUAUU